AUGCCUAUUAAUUCACUUCAUCAAAAAACUUCCCAACGGUCAUUUGAACCAUUAUUUUAUAAUGACAAUGACAAUAAAAGCACUACAGAUUCAAUUUCAACUGAUGGAGACGAUGAAGGCAACUUUGAUAUAAUAUGCGAUGAAUUUAAAUUUAUUAAUGGUAGAAUGUUUGUUAAUUUAGAAAAUUCUUGUCAAAUUGUAGCAUCAAUCUCAAAUAUGGAAAUAUUGGAAAUACUAUACGAACAUGUAUGGGGAGGAAAGUUUUCGGCUCCAGUCCAAAACGAAUUAAACAAUAUGUGUGUAUUGGACAUCGGAUGCGGGUCAGGAGGUUGGAUAGCAAGUUUAGCAGAAUUGUAUCCAAAAUCAACAUUUAUUGGGAUUGACAUUAUGGAUUUCAAACGAGAAGAUUUACCGAAUCUAGCAUUUAUCAAGAGUAAUAUAUUUGACGGGUUACCAUUUCCCGACAACACAUUUGAUUAUGUACAUCAAAGUAAUAUGAUGCUUUCGAUCCGAAAAGAUCAAUGGCCAUUUAUUAUUGAUGAAAUUAUAAGAGUCACUAAACCAAAUGUUGUGGCUUAUUUAAAAGUAUGUGGGAUAAAUACCAAAAUAAAUAAAGAACUUGAAAGUAUGUUGUUAGGGACAAACAAAAUCGUCGAUAUUGGAAUAAAUAGUAAAGGUAUACCGUUAGGAAGUUGGGGUGGUUAUAUAGGGGAACUUUUUUUAAAAAAUAUAACUGAAUUACUUUCAGCAAGAAUUUCAAGUAUUCUUGAUUUUAUGUGUAUGACAGAAAAGGAUUUGAAAGAGAUUAUGGAAAUAGCUCCCUUAGAAUACAAUAAACAUAAAUCAUAUGCCAAAACUUAUAGGAUUUAUGGAAGAAAAAUUUAA